CGCCUAAAUGCGGGACAUUUCUGAUAAAACUCGGGUUAAAACUCGAGUGUACUUCACUUAAAUGACAGGAAACCAUGGCAUGUGGUUCGAGGGCAGUAUUGAUCCAGGAAGUGUGGAUGUGUACGUUUGGCGCAGACAUAGUUGAACCGCAUUCUGACGCACCGCCAGGUGUGAACAGAACAACAUUUUGUUGGCGGGGGGUACUACUCUUGGUUUUUAAUUUGUUUUAGGCGCAACACGCAUGCAGCCGCUGCUCUGUGGGGAAAAUCCGGGAUUUUUUUAACCCGGGACACGAGUCUGAGCUCGAGCUUUGGCUUGAAAAGAGACGGAGCCCGCGUCAGAGCCCGAGGCAACAACAGGAGUGUGGAUGUUUUAGGACCACAGCAUGUUUGUGACUGUGUUGCUGCUUCUGGGAGCUCUGUGUGCUCACAAAGGACAUGGACAGGAGAGCGAGGCCACACAGAGGCCUGGCCACGUGUCAGUGGUUAUUAUUGGGGCCACAGGUGACCUGGCGAGGAAGUACCUUUGGCAGGGCUUCUUCAACACCUACGUCAACCAGGUCAAAGGCGGAAACACCUUUUCUUUUUACGGUGGAGGACAGUCGUCCUCAGACAAGGCCACACCGCUCAUGUUUGAGAUCCUAAAGGGGGUGUCGUGCCCGAAAGACAUGUCUCAGGAGCGCUGUGCUCUUCUGAAGGACCAGUUCCUUCGACUCGCACAGUAUCGUCAACUGAAGACCCUCGAGCACUACCAGGACCUGGCCAAGCACAUUGAGAAAAAACUUCAGGACGAGGCAAUGACGGAGACAGGGAGGCUCUUUUAUCUCUCGGUGCCAGCUUAUGCAUACGCAGACAUUGCAGAUAAAAUCAAUCAAAGCUGCAGACCAACCAUGGGGGGUUGGUUGAGGGUGGUGCUAGAGAAACCUUUUGGGCACGACCUCCUGAGUGCUGAAGUUCUAGCAUCUCAGCUUGCGAGCUCCUUAAAGGAAGAGGAAAUGUACAGAAUUGACCAUUACCUGGGCAAACAGGUGAUCGCAAAGAUACUUCCAUUCAGAAAAGAAAACAAGAAGUUUCUGGAUCCCAUUUGGAACAAGCACCACAUAGAAAGAGUGGAGAUUGUGCUGAAAGAGACCCUGGAUGUCCAAGGCCGCAUGUCCUUCUACGACCAGUACGGCGUGAUCAGAGAUGUGAUACAGAACCACCUGACUGAGGUCAUGAUGCUGUUGACCAUGAGGCUUCCCUCGAAUCUGAGCAGCAGUGAGGAAGUCGUUCAAAACAAGUUGCGGAUCCUCGACUCGCUGCUGCCCUUGGGGAAGAAUCAGGUUGUGAUCGGUCAGUACCAGGGAUACAACUCAGAGGUUCAGCUGGAGCUGAAUAAGACCAAAGAUCACAUCAGUCUCACACCAACAUUUGCAGCUGUAUUGGCGCACAUUGAUGAGGCCCAGUUUGAAGGUGUGCCAAUUCUUUUAAUCUCAGGGAAGAUGUUGGACAAACGGGUGGGCUAUGCACGCGUUGUUUUCAAGAAUGACAUCUUUUGCCUUCAAAACCAAAACGGCGUUCACUGCAAACCCAGACAGAUCAUUUUCUACUUUGGCCAUGGCAGCCUCCAAUAUCCGGCAGUUCUUGUAAGCAAGAAUUUGUUCAAGCCGGUUUUAAUGGACGCAGAGUGGAAGGAAGUGACGGAGCAUAGUGACGUCAGUGUUUUAGGUCUGCCCGUUUCAGACUACUAUGUGCACACUCCAACAAAGCAGCACGAGGCUUAUUCAGAACUGAUUGCACACAUCUUCUCAGGGCAUAAGAAUAGUUUCAUCAGUAUAGAAAACCUGCUGUCUUCCUGGAGUAUAUGGACACCUCUGCUCAGUAGCUUAAACAGCGCUUAUCCUCGCAUCUAUCCUGGUGGGGAAGACAACGGGCACAUGUUGGACAUCCACCUGAAAGGGAUGGACAUUAGCUACAAAAAUGAGGUGGUGAUAAUCAGCCCUGAUCAGACAGCCGGUACGUCAGCCAACAGCGCCAAAGUCUUACAAGGCAAAUUCUGUAACGCUGACAUGGUGUCUGCCUGGUCUGAGGAGCUGGUGGGACAGCUCGCUGUAGAUAUGCAGGAGGCAGCCGAGGCGGCGGUGCUCGAGAGCGGCGUUUUCCAUCUCGCCCUCUCGGGCGGAUCCACACCACUCGCUCUGUUCCACAGGUUGGCCCUGCACCACUUCUCUUUCCCCUGGAGGAACACUCACGUGUGGAUGGUGGACGAGCGCUGCGUGCCACUAGCCGAAGUGGAGUCAAACUUCCGCACGCUGCACGACCACCUGCUGCAUCACGUGAGGAUACCGUAUUUCAACAUCCACCCGAUGCCGGUGGAGCUCAACCAUCGUUUAUGUGUGGAGGAGGACAGAGGCGCGCAGAUUUACGAGAGCGAUAUCAGGACGUUGGUGAAUGGAUCCAGCUUCCACUUUGUGCUGUUGGGAGUCGGCUUUAAUGGACACACGGCCUCGCUGUUCCCUGGUGCUAAAGUAGAGGAACAUGGGCAGAGUCUGGUGGCCCUCACCGAGAGCCCCGUCAAACCUCACCAGCGCAUGAGCCUCACCUUCACAGCCAUUAACCGAGCCCACAGAGUGGCUCUCCUCGUGAUGGGAAAGGGCAAGCACGAGAUGAUCACUCAGCUGAGCAGACUGAAGAACAGCACAGACAGAUGGCCCGUCACCAACGUGAAGCCUGACAACAACAGACUGGUGUGGUACAUAGACUAUGAUGCUCUCAUAGGAUAGAGGUCUUAUGUCUUACUUUUUAGUCAAACGGCUGCAUUGAUUCAGCAGCUGGUUUUGAGUGGAGAAUGUGAAAUGUCUAUCUGUCUUAAACCAAAAUUGAAUGACCCAUUUCUUGAGACAAUAACCCACGAGUCAUAUUCCUGAAAUGAAUGCACAUCACAUGUCAGUCUGACUUUUAUCUUACUUGAAUAAGACACAUAACAGAUACAUAACAUGCAGGCAUAAUAAGAUACAUAACAUGUAUAACAGAAUGUUUUGUUUUCAAGUUUAAUAUAACAUUUAAUAUAGUACACCCUGCUAAUACAUGGCGCGUUUCCACUGCCGCUACCCGUCUCGCCUCGGCACGAUUCUUUUGCUUUUCCAUUAGUGAUAGUACCUGGUACUUUUUUUCUUUUUUUUUCGUACCUGCUCUGGCGAGGUUCCAAGUCUGACUGAAGACUGUUGUCUUCCUCCUUCUGUUGUCCUUGUCCUUCAUCAUUUUAUGACCCUGGUUGCUCAUGGUGUCUACGGUCGGGGGUUGGUGCCAGUUUGACUUCAUCCUCAUUUUCCCACAGACAGUUACCUAUUGAUUUUACUGCGUGUGGUAACUGCCUCAUACAGAUAUUGGCACUUUUCCACACGACUCGCCUCGGCACGGCACGUCACAGUUAUUUUG